AUGGGUCGAGUAGAUACCGCUGGUUCCAAGGGGAAGAAGAAGGGAUCUAUAACAUUCACCAUCGACUGCGAUAAGCCUGUAGAGGACAAGAUCAUGGACAUUGCUUCUCUCGAAAAGUUUCUUCAAGAGAGGAUUAAGGUUGGUGGUAAAGUCGGUACUCUUGGUGAUAUUGUUACCGUUUCACCAGUUGAAUAUUCUAAGGAUCCCAUGAGAAUAAAAGAGUUGCAAAACAGUCUAGAGGUGCAAGAGUUGCGUCUGAUUGAAAGAACCUCUCAGAGAGAGGUAGAGCAGGAUCUUAAAGCUAUUUUUGUCAAGAAAGACCAGAAGCAGUCUUGGUCAGAUCCAAGAAAAGACAUGUUUGACCAUUUCGUUGCAAAUUAUUGGUCAAACAAGGAGAGGAAAUUAGAAGAAGUGAAUAUAGCCAAAAGUACUGAUGAUGAACAUGUUCUAUUAACGGAUUCUGAUUCUGAUAGUGCAUCUCUAGAAGACUAG